AUGCAUUCAACAGAUGACCUGCAAGACUAUGGAAUGAAAACCAACCAGCAGGCAGCCAAGGCGACGCGGCUGCUCAGGCACCGCCGGUUGCUACUCGCUUUGACCCGGUUCCGAAGGGCAUUUUCAAUUAAAGAGGCUGGCUCGUCAGCCGUGCCGCCCCCGGCUUUUCUGAAGGAUCACACACCGUUCAGUAAAAAUUCACGGGAGGCAAAACGGGUUUUGAAGAGAAAAUACGCAGUGCCAGGCUGGUACCACGCGCGCACGUACAGUUACGUCCUCCGACGGCGGACGGCGUCAGAGCUCGGCCGGGCUGCAGAGGCCGCUGGAGACCGCCCCGGCUGGCGCACGGCGCAGAGGGGACGCUCCCCGGCAGGCGACGAACGCUCCCAGCUCUCUAUUCUUAAUAGCAAUAAUUAUGGCUACCUGCCGUGGGAGUGGGCACAUGGCUUAAGGGGCUACUCAUACCCACUGAUCUUUGCAAGCAUCUACAAAGCUUUACAGCUGCUGGCUAAGGACGAUGUUCAGCUGCUGAUAUGGGUCCCUAGACUUGCACAGGCAGUGCUGGCAGCUUUUGCUGAUGUGAAGCUUUACUCAUUAGUGCAACACCUUGAAAAUGCAGAAACAGCAAAGUGCGUGUACUUCUGCCAGCUGUGUUCCUGGUUUACAUGGUAUUCCUGUACCAGAACUCUAACAAACACCAUGGAAACUCUUCUUACCACUUUUGCUCUUUCCUACUAUCCGAUAAAAGGUUCCAAGAUAUCGAGCAGUUGCAAAUACAUAGCUUUGAUAGCAUUUGCAAUUGUUAUUCGUCCCACUGCUGUUAUCCCAUGGAUACCAUUGGUAUUCAGUCAUUUCUUGCAAGAACAGAGGAAAGCAGACCUUAUCCUACACAACUGCAUUCCAGUUGGAUUGGUCACAAUAGGAACCUCUUUAAUAAUUGACCGUGUGUUUUUUGGUGAGUGGGUACUGGUUCAGCUGAACUUCUUGAAAUUCAACGUGCUGCAGAAUUUGGGAACGUUUUACGGAUCUCACCCUUGGCAUUGGUACUUCACUCAGGGACUACCAGUCAUCUUGGGUACCCAUCUGCCUUUCUUUAUUCAUGGCUGUGUGCUGGCACCAAAAAGGUAUCGCAUCUUUCUAAUGGCAGUGAUUUGGACAGUGUUGGUAUACAGCAUGCUGAGCCAUAAAGAAUUCAGGUUCAUCUAUCCAGUACUACCCUUUUGCAUGGUUUUUUGUGGAUAUUCCUUGAAACACCUGAAAGCAUGGAAGAAACCUGCAGCAAGUUUCCUGCUUUUAUCAAACUUACUCCCAGCCCUGUAUACAGGCUUGAUUCACCAGCGAGGCUCUCUUGAUGUCAUGAGUCACAUACAGCAACUCUGUAAUAACUCUUACCAGUCACAAGCUUCUGUCUUCAUCAUGAUGCCGUGCCACUCUACUCCAUUUUACAGUCAUGUUCACUGUCCUCUAACAAUGAGAUUCCUUCAGUGUCCCCCAGACCUAACCGGAAAUGAGAGCUAUAUUGACGAAGCAGAUAUAUUUUACUCUAAUCCACUUGGCUGGCUUAAUAAGGAGUUUUAUAAUGAUACAUUAUUACCCAGUCACUUGAUCUUCUUCAGUGUGCUAGAACAGGAAAUAUCAUCAUUUCUAGCUUUAAGGGGCUAUGAGAAAAUGGCCACUGUCUUUCACACCCAUGUACCUCAAGGACGAGUUGGAAGCCACAUCUACAUCUACAGGAAAAAAACUGAUAUGAAUCAUACCUGAAGAUCAGUUUCUAGAAU